AUGGGAAAUAAGUCUAUUUGUUGUUCCACUUAAGCAGAAUUCCAAUCUUAGAUUUGUAGAUUAGAUGGAAGGCCUCAAGCAUAGAUUAUUUAAUCAACAGAUUUAAAUGGCUGUAGAGUAGUUUUAAGCUUAGGAAAAUUAUUUAAUGAAUUAGUAGACAUAAUUGUAUUACCUACAACUUAAAAAUUGAAACUUAAUUAUUAGGCAUCAGAACACAUUAAGUAGUUUAUGUGAUUAAUUUAACAGAAAAUUUGCUAGUGAUUAAAUAUUGAAUGAAUUGCAUCAAAUUCUAUUGAGCUAAGGAGGAAAAGUAUAAUUAGGAUCAGUUGUACAUACACAUGCUGGAGAAGUAUUAUAUUGUAUAAUGAUUUUAGAUGCCAUAUGAUUAUUUAUUUUUUACUGUAUUGCCUAGUUCUACUGAUGCAUCAAUAAUUGUUUUGAAUGAAUCAUUUGAAUAAGAGAUGGUGUGUUCACUUGAGGAGAACUUCAGGGUAAAUUCUAUAACAGCAUAUGCUGAGAAGAGAAAAAUGGAUUCUACAUAGUCUAGAGAAAUUUAAAUUGUUUAUGAAGCUAUAGUUAAUUGUUUAGAAAAAGCUACAGAAUUGGGAGCUAAAUCAAUUGCUUUUUCAUUGAUGGAUUAACAAAUUAAUCAAAUUGCAAGAAGUAAAUUAGCUUCAGUUAUGCUUUUUGCAAUUAAAAGUUUCUUAAGAGAAUAUGGUAGUAAGACUACUUUAGUUGAAAUAAGAAUUUCAUCAUGUGAAGCUCCAUAAUUCAAAAUAUAUAAAACCUAUAUGAAUUAAAUUUUAAAUGAUUAGGGUGAAACUACUAUUGAGAAGUUGUUUUAAUAAGAAGAGUAAAUUUAUUAAUAAGAAUUCAAAAUUGACAGUUAGACUGAAAUAAAGAGAGAUGAUAUUCGAAAGUUUUGUAAUGGAUGUAAGGAAGAAAAUUAAAAGACAAAGGAAUUUAAAAGUUCUUUUUGA